AUGAUUUCAGCCGCCGACGAAACCGCGCAGCAACCCCCGACCAUUGAACUCACACCUCUCGAGAACACAUUCAAGACGCUGCUCCUUGAUGUCUGUCAAUAUAUACAGGAGCGCGACGUAGCAGCUGGCAAGACCAGUGCGGAUACCUCAAAAACUGUCCUCCGGUUUACGGGAGGUUGGGUGCGGGACAAGCUGCUAGGAGUUGAAAGCCAUGAUAUUGACGUUGCGAUCAAUAACAUGACCGGUUACCAGUUUGGGAAUAUCCUGAUAGAGUAUUUGGAAACUCCGGGAAACCUGGACAAGUAUCGAAAAGGCAAUGAAAAGGACGAACUGGAGAAAGCAUUCAGUAGUCUUCACAAAAUCGAAGCGAACCCGGAGAAAUCAAAGCAUCUGGAAACAGUUACAACAAAGAUCUUUGGAUAUGACGUGGAUUUAGUCAAUCUCCGGAAGGAGACUUAUACCGAAAACAGCCGGACCCCCCAGAUGGAAUUUGGAAGCGCGGAAGAAGAUGCCUUGCGCCGAGAUGCCACCAUAAACGCUCUUUUUUACAACCUGAAUGAAUCUAAAGUCGAGGACCUUACUAAGAGGGGGCUGGAUGACAUGCGAGACCAAAUCAUUCGGACUCCGCUGGAGCCAUACCAAACGUUCAAGGACGAUCCUCUUCGAGUUUUGAGGCUUAUUCGUUUUGCGAGCCGGCUAGGAUUCCGCAUCGACAAAGAUACAGAGAGCGCAAUGCAGCACAGUGACAUUGGUACUGCGCUUAAGCUGAAGAUCAGUAGGGAGCGUGUAGGCAUUGAGGUGGAAAAGAUGCUUCGAGGCCCAGAUCCCCGCGGGGCGCUUAACACCAUCGAUCGUCUUAAUCUGUACCCCAUUAUUUUCACCAACUAUCAGGACGACGCUACCGCAGACCCAUCCUCGUGGUCGCUUGCUUAUAAUGCGCUCCACCGCUUUUUAUUCUCAACUGAGGAGCUAGAAGCUGUCGGCCGUCUUCGCACGUUGCUCAUCCGUGACUCGCUCCAAGAAUAUUAUGCUUGGGUGAUCGCUGCAUUCGCUCCUUGGUCGGCAGUCCCUGGACGUCCUCCGAAAGGGAAGCCGUUACCACCGCGUAUGGCAGAGGCCGCCCGCGAUGCUUUGCGCUCAGAUAACAAGACAGUGACGAUUCUGAAACAUGCCGCGAGCAAUUGGCGCAAUAUUAUCAACGUCAAAACCGAAGUCGUCGAUGGAAAACUGCAAGGGACAGCUGCAGAGAUUCGACAACAGGUUGGGCUACAUAUUCGGUCUUGGGGUAUGGACUGGAGGCUCUGUGUUCUCCUGUCUCUUCUACAGGAGAUCAUGCAGGGGGGAGACUUUGCCGCGGUGGUGCAGAGCUAUGAUAAGUUCCUCACGUACAUUUUAGAACAGGAUCUCCAGGAUGUCUGUGAGCUAAAGCCUAUUGUAAACGGAGGCGAGGUCAUGGGUGCAAUCCCAGCCAAAAAGGGACCCUGGGUGUCCAAAGCCCUGGAGCUCGCGAUACAGUGGCAGCUGUUGCACCCGGACAUUCAAGACAAGCAAAAAGCAUUGGAGUAUCUUGAGUCUAAGAAAGGGGAAUUUGAACUACGCAAUGCAGCACGUGGAGCUCUACGGCAGCAAAAACCCGCUCUCAUUCCCGAGUCAAUACUGAGUAAUGUUACUAUUCCAGCUGCCGUGGAUCAGCUAUGGCAAGAAAUAUCUACACAUGACAAUUCAGAUCAUGCCAAAAUUCUCGAAGAUCUUCUCGUUGCGCAGGGAUUUUUGAGCGGCAAGGCCCUUGAGAGUGUGUCUGAUGCAGACAAAGCCGCCAUUAACAGGCUUUACGAAUGGGCGACGCAAAUGGAGAGCCAGCAGCGGUCUACUCUGGCCAUACCUGUCAUUUCAUCGCUAGCUAAACUGCUUCCAAUUGAGGAUGCCGAGUCACUGGAUGACGUUCUUAUUGCUUUGGCAAGCUUCACCUCUGAACAAGAUGCAUGGACUACACCUGAGACUUACACAACCUCGACCGCAUUGUUAAAUGAUUUCGUUGAGAGAUCUGAAGCCUCGCAUUUUUGGGGAACAGUGGAAUCUCUGCUCAAAACCCGGAUCAGACCUCUGUUUGCAAAGACUAAAAACCCGGCUAUUACUGAAUCUGGUCGAAAGAACUUCCACCCUAUUCCUUUGCCGCGGUUCGACAUGAGUAUUUUGGACCCUGAGACUAAACCGUGGAAGAUGUAUGAUGUCUACAUCACCACUGUCUUUUCCUGGGUUGUCAACCAGUAUAAACACACCGAUCGCGAGCAUCUCGAGUCACAUUUCCCCCUUCUAGUUCCACCUAUUCUCACCAUGAUAGACGAUGACAGCCUUUCCUUUAAACGCCACGGCUGUAUUCUGCUGUCACAUUUCUUGAUCCCCAUCCAAGAAAGCAAAUCCGAUAUUCUGCGACGGACGAAUCUGUCAUCGGUCUUCGAAGAUGCCAUCAGACCGUGCUUCCACUCCUUGCCGACAAUCACCCCAGAAGACGACUCUAUCCAACUCCUUGCUGCAGCCUACCCAGCUCUACGAUCUCUCCUCCAAACCAGUUACCGAUCGGCCCUAACCCAGGAUAGCCAACCCACCCCAAUAAAACACAUGAAAGAUAACGAAACAUUCAUAUCCGCAACAACCAAAACACUACGCGACCACCUCAUCCCUUCCUUCCACCACAUCAGUUCAGCAGACAUAACAUCGACUUCUACCUUUGCGUCGUUCCCUCAUCCCCGUUUAUCAACCCUCCUUCUUAACCAAGUCGCCAUCACCUGCGCGGAUCUGGGGAUCCACACUACCAAGUACCUCCAAGACAUCGUCCCUCUAGUGUAUAGCACAUUAUCCAAUAUGUUCGGAACCACACACCCGCCACUCCUCCUCUCCGCACUUUCUGUUGCGCGAGCGGCGAUUCUCAAUGCGUACCCGCGGAUAUGGAGAUGGCGAGGCGAAAUAAUUGGGGCGAUUUGUUCAUGCUGGGUUAAUGUUCUUGAUGACGAAGAAGAGUCAAAGACCGCUGGAACUAGAGCUCCCAAGGAUAAAACAUCGGCGUCGCCUCCUAGAGACGAAAACAAAACCGCGGAAUUGAUGCGGUUGAAAAAGGAAUUACAGGGCUCCGUCUAUCUGCUGAGAUACGCGCUUGAGAAUCCCGCUCACAUAGAUAGCGAUGAAGGGCAACGAGAGGCAAAGGAGAAUAUUGGGCGAGAGAUACAGAUGUUGGUUGAUGCUGAUGACAGCUUAAAAGAGUGUCUUCUCGCGGAUGUUGACCCGGAUGAUGGGAAUUAUUUUGGGUUUGGUAGUAUUUGA